AUGGCUCUUUCACAUCUUUGCGGGGCACAGGUACCACAAGGACCCUCAACAAUUAACACUUUCCUAACAAAGGCUCAACAUGACAUCACCUUAACAGCAGCUGGUACCAGAGUUUUUAUAAAAAACAUAAAAACUGGUGUUACAAUGAGCCAAUUUAAAAAUUCCCUAAAGAAAUAUGGAACCUUGCAAGUUUACUUUUACGAACCUGGAACUAAUGAUGACGGUUGGGCAUGGGUUGGAUUUGAGACUGAAGAAGCUGCACAAAAAGUAGUGGAAGAAUCUGAAAAAGCAAAGGAGUUGGAAGAAGCAAAUAAUGAAAAUAAUGAGAAUGACGAAAAUGAUGAAAAUGAUGAAAAUGACGAAAAUAAUGAAAAGAACCCAAAGGAUGAAGAAAAUGAACGAGACUCAAAUAGUCAAUAUGCUGAAAAUGAUGAUGAAAAUCAACAGGAAGAUGAAGACAGCGACGAUUAUUAA